CAGACAUGUCAAUGCUGUUCCCAAUAUAACACUAUCGCCCUUCCUCCCGUCGCCUUUAUUCGCUCGCCAUGCUGAUUUCUCUGACUGUUGGGAAGGUCGAUGCUGGCGUCGCUGUCCUCCUGACUGAAGACAAUCGACUUAUCGAAUUUCCGUCUGUUCUCCUGCCAAAAAAUAUAGCAUCAGGCAGCAUCGUUGAUAUAACAGUGUCGCGCAACCUGGCCGCGGAAGCUGCAAGUGUUUCCACUUUCCAAUCCCUGCAAAAGCGUAUCCUGCAAACCUAUGGCAUCCAUACACCGUCUGCACCUGUCCUCCGCCUCAGAAAUGCGACUCAAACAUCCCUUGUUCUUGAAUGGGACCCAAUCAACUUAGCCACCGCAUCCCUCAAGUCGCUGUCCUUAUACCGCAAUGACUCCAAGGCUGGUUCGAUUCCAAGACCAAAGGAGAUGCUUAGCACCAAAAUCAGCGGCCUUGCAAUUGACACAGAGUACACUUUCCACCUCGUUCUCCGCACAUCUGCGGGCACUUUUAGUUCAGAGAAACUGGUUUGCCGUACGCACAAGAUGACCGAUUUAUCAGGAAUCACUAUUACUCCCGGCGUUCUACCCCAGAGUUUAAGGACAUCGCUGGAAGAGGCUGUUGAUCGGAUUGGCGCCAAACUCAUCGACACAGUGCGCAUAGACACCACCCACUUCGUCUGUACGGAAGGCAGAGGUGCAGCCUGGGAAAAGGCUGUUGAAAUGAAUAUUCCAGUUGUCCGACCAGAGUGGGUAGACGGAUGCGAGCGAGAAGGUACCAUUGUUAGUGUACGCGGGUACUACUUGAACGCGGAUCCAAAAUUGAGGCAAAUAGGGCCGAGCGUGGGUGCGCAACUACAUCGCCAACGAACCGUGUCAAACCAUAACAACUCCUCCGGUUCCGUUUCACCCGGUCGAAUAGACCGCGUAAAUUCAGCUUCCCGAUCGCAACAACAGCCAACCGAGAAGGAACUCCCAAGCCCGCCGUUGCCCAGUAGUGAGGCAAACGGACCAUCGCAUGGACAAGAAUCAGAUACUGAAGAUGGAAAUCGUGACGCAACUCAGUCUGCGCCACAGCCGCUGGCUAAAGACGAAAAAGAGAACAUUAAACCAAGACAAAAAGAUGCGGGAUCGCCUGUCAAUGAAAGGGAAGCGCCUCCUGCAUAUGGCGACACAGAGGCGGACUAUGAGAGUGACACAGCAGAAUCCUCAAAUGGUGACUUGGCAGAUAAGACAUAUCCUCAAUCGCAACGAAAUCAGGCUCCUAAUGACAAAAAGACGAACGGAGCUGGGGGGGAAGAUGCUGUCGAGCGGAGUCUACAUCCGGAUAAUAUUUUGUUUUCAGCUGCUGGAGUUUUGCAAAAUGAGCUUCUUUUGCCGCCUCCAGAGUUUAGUUCGGUCAGAUGUCUGGAAGGAAUGAGCCGAGAUAAUAGCACACCGGAAUAUUUGAUUCGUUUGCAGAGAUUUCGGGGUUUCCUGGAUGAUGCAGACUUCUGCACACUCUUGGUUAGAAUUGGUGAUUUGGGCGGAGUUGUGUGGAAUCAGCAAUUUGAUAAGCGGCCAGUAGCACCGAGAGCAUUGUGGGCUCCUGAACUUAAAGACCGAAACGCGUGGGAUGCUAGUAUUGAUAUCUGGACUUUGGGUUGUCUGAUCUUUGAUUGA